UUAUAAACAUUUUAGUGACCAGGAAGAAAAGCAGACAACACAAGCAUGGCUGCCACCAGGGUAAAACUUGUUUCUAGAAUAAAACCAAGGCUUCCCGAAAAAUGGAAAGGCGGAAAGAUAGAGAAAAUGGCCAAUUAUGUCCACGUCAUCCUGAGGGACUACCACAUGGUGUAUACAGACACAAUCCAGUAUAUGAGAGACCAUCGCCUGAAGUCAUCUAUGUGGCUGUCACUUUUGGGGACAAGUGGGGCCCUCAUAGCGACUAACCCUUCACCAUCAAAAGAGGACUAUGAAGCACAGUUAGUGGAACAACACAAUGAUAUUGGUAUCGUUGGAGAUCCAAUAAAAAAUCCGGAGUCACUAAAUUAUCUUCGUAAAAUGUUUGUGGCACAUAAAAACUCUAAACUAAAAUUUCAUAACUUAUACCUGUUUUCCCUAGCAAGGAUAGACGUAGCUUCAACACAGGUGGAUCUAUUUGCUUCAAAGUGUAAACAAAACAAACCCCACUGGAAAGAAUUCCACAAAAGUAUUGUGGAUGUGUGCGUAUUUGGACACUGGAUUAAUUUAGAAAAGGCCAUGAAAGACUAUGAUGUGAAUCCUUCUGAAUGGGAAAACUAAGUUAAUUAAAAAAUGAAUAUUAGCA